AUGCAGAGAGCAAGAGAGAACAAGUUGGGUGGCGUGAAACUAAAGUCACUAUCCCGUCAAGCGCCAAGUGCUUCAAGCAAAGAAGACUCCUCCAACUCUGAUGUUGAUGUUGUUGGAUUGGAUGAUGAAGAUUUGAAUGCUAACAAACAAGAGUCCCAAAUUUACUCUUGCAUGGAAGGUCAACUUAUUGCAGCUUCAUCAGUUUCAAGCCUAGGCAACAGGAGCUUUGCAUAUAGUGAAGAUAUUAUUGAUUUAACAAGUGAUUCUGAAGACAUAGACCUCAAUCAUGGUCACAGUGGCUACACCUGUUCUAAUAAUCAAGCUGAUAUUAUUGAAAUUGAUAGUGAUUCUGAUGGGCCUGACCACUAUGCUAACAUUACCAAUAAUGAAUAUUCCCAGUAUUCAAAUUCAAAAGAUACUGUAAAGACAGAAAGUUGCACUGAAUGGAUCCCAUGCCUCAAUACUUUGGAUCACAAUGAACUCAUGAUCCUCAGCACAUGCAUUGAAGCAUGGGAACCGGCUAUCAAUUGGGAAGCUCAGAGCGAUCACAAUCCUCUCUGGGACGUUCUACAUAGCCCACUUAUGGGUUCGCAUACUUUGGAUCAAGUAACAGCAUACCUUGUCUAUGUUGCAUGCCGCAAGCAACCAAAAUCUCUAGGGGGACUUUGUCUGCUACCUGCAUCAUUAUCUGGCGCUUUUUGA